GGUAAAAAAAUAAAUUAAUUAACAAAUAAAAAAACAAAACCCAAUAAUAUAGUGACACGUGGACAUGAUACGCCCCUAACGGAUUUAUGGACGGAAUCCGUUAGUUGGAGGUGAUUGGUAGUAAAAGCCAAUUUUUUUUUUUUAUGUGGUCGUAAAAUUUAAUUUUCCUUAUAGAGGUGGUAAUGCCAAAAUUUUCGCUUUUUUCGGGUGGUAAAAGUCAAAAUAACUUAAAAUAAAAAACUCAAAAAAAAAAAUAAAUGAUGUUACAAGGGGGAUUCGAACCCUGAUCUAGGUAAACCUAAAAUUGGGUUUCUUGACAUAUUAUUUUUAGCCCACUACCAACUUAGCUAAGGCAAACUUCUUAUUUAUUUUUACACUCAAUUUUAUAUAACUAUUUUUCCAGUUUUAUUUUUUUCCUAAAAUUUUUUUUCCUCUGUUUUUUUUUUUCCCGAAAGUGGGGGGACAAUGGUCCCCCCUUGUUCCUUCAUGGGUCCGCCCUUGAUUGCUGGUAGUGUUGGUAUGAUAGGACGUCAGAUUAUGGAAACUACAUAAUUUGACUAUCUCUAAAUCAAUACUCAAUUUGAUGGUUUUUAAAACAUGAAUGAAGUAACAACAGCAAAACCGAGGCUCAAGAAUGAGAAGAAUUGGAAGAAUUACAGCUUGACCCUUCUCCGAUUGGAAAAUUACAGGUUUGUUGUAUGGGGGCUAGAAAUCAAACAAUUUGCAAAUGAAGUACAAAAAGAAUUGCAAGGAAAGCAAAGAGAGUUCAAGGCUGACAAGAUACGGGGAAAUGAUGUGCGUGUAUCUCAGUUCUUGAGGUUGGAGACGGAGUUUUCAAGGUGUUAUCUACAUCAGGUGACACUCAUUUGGGUGGCGAUGACUCCGAUAAGAAUGGUAGAUUGGCUAGCAGAAACUUUCAAGAAGAAUGGGGAUAUUGAUCUUCGGAAUAACAGACAAGCUCUUCGGCGCCUAACUAAAGCUGUUGAGAAGGCAAAGAUUGAGCUUUUAACGUUAACUCAUAUUAGCAUUAGGCAAGUAAAUGUAUGUAAAUACUUUUUCACAGGUUUGUGCCUUCAGACAUCAUUUUGGAUUUUACUAAAAUUGUCUAUGGUGUGUUUUGACAACUUGCCUUUCAUUACUUCAACACUAGAUAGAAAGGAGAGAGAGAGAGAAGGGGGGGGGGGGAGAGGGAGAGGUGGAAAAAGGGGAAUAAGGGGCAGGCUAGGAGAGAAGAGGAAGGGGCACACCGUGAGAAGAGAGGUGUCAGGAGAGAGAGAAAGAAAAAGGGGUAGGGAGAGACACAAAGGGUGAGAAAAAGGGGUCAGGAGUGAGGAGCCGGAAGAAGAGAGAGAUAUAGCAAGAAAGAAGAGUUAGGAGAAAGAGCGAGUGAAAUAAAGAGAGAAUGAGAAAGAGGGCCACGAGAGAGGAAUAAGGGUCAAAAGAAAUAGAAAGAGAACAAUAAGGGAAAGUGGGGUUAGGAUAGAGAGUGUGAGAUAGGUAGGUUGGGGAAGAGAGAGAAGGCCCGGGAGAGAAAGGGAUAGAGAGGCCGGAAGAAUUAAUGAGGCAAUUAGAGAUAAGAGAAGCUGAGAAAAAUAAAGGGGGUUCAAGAGAAAGGGGGGGGGGG